AUGGAGAACAAGGAUAUUGCUGUAUACCAACACUUUAAAAGUAUGAUUAAUAUAAGAAGACAAGGGGAACCACGUCAAAUAGUGAGAUAUAUUAAUCCUAAAGAGGCGGAUCUUUUAGAUGCUGCUGCUGGCAUUAUUGUACGAUUCAGAUUAGGUGGAGUUAAAUUUCCACCCAGUAUAUACUAUAAAAUUUUCACUCACAGACAUAUUGAAGAUCUGUGUGCUAACAGCCCUAGAGAUUACACAAAACUUCCACCAAAACAUACGUCUCAUAUUAAAGGUGAUGAUCUCCAGGAAGAUGACCAUAGUGGCUGGUAUCGUCGUAUAGAGAACAAUGGCUGGAGACCUGUUUCUGAUAGAUUUUGGAUGCCUACUGAAAAUGUAAUGCUGGGAGGCAAUAAGGAAAGCAAAUUCCAUUUCUCUAAACUAAAGAGAAAGAAAGAUUUGGAAAAGAACAGAAAAAUUAGAAAAAUAGAAUGGAUGAGGCAAAUGUACUAUACAGGACAUCUGGAAGCUAAGUCAACAAAUUAUGAAACUAUAGGUUUAAUUCACACAGCAACAAAAGGGCUAAUAAGAGCUAUUGAAGAUGGUGGAAUAGAUUCUGUGAUGGAAUGGGAAGUGGACGAAGUGCUGAACUGGACAAAUACACUGAACUUUGAGGAGUAUAUUGCCAACUGGAAGGAAAUUGCAACAAGCAACUCUUCAGCUAACUUCAAAGGCUUCAAGUUUACGCAAGCACAGAAAAUGUAUGACUAUGAAGAUGUGUCAGAGGAGACGGAAAUACCAGAUGACCAUGCAUAUAAAAAUGUGAGAUUGACCAUGACACAAAGUAGAUAG